CCCUUAGCUGUCGCCGGGACUGGUAGUGUCCACCCCUCCGGAGCGGAAGUGGCCAGGAGACGGGGCCGACGGGGCGCUGGCUGGCUCAUUUCCCUCAGGAAGCCAACCCGAGAGGAGAGGAGAGGAGAAGAGAGGAAAGUUGGGCGCUCUCUCCCUCCGUCCCUCCCUCUCUCUCUCUCCCUCUCCGUGGUGUCUCGGAUGCGGCGGAAGCAGAAGCGGCUGCUGCAGGCGACGGGGCUGGCGCUGGCCGCCCUCGUCUUCCUCCCCAACGUGGGGCUCUGGGCGCUCUACCGGGAGCGGCAGCUGGACGCCGACGGAGGAGGAGGAGGAGGAAGCGAUGGAAGAGCAGCGGCAGGAGAGGUGGCAGCGGGCGAAGUCCGAAAGGAGGCGCAGGGUUUUUAUACAAGACAAAAGAAAGAAGCUUCCCUCAGCAAUGGAGAAAGAAAAAAGGACUGGCAUGACAGAGAUGUUAUAAGGAGAGACUUGCAACGAACAGGAAAUGGAGAACAAGGAAAACCAUAUCCUAUGACAGAUGCUGAGCGAGUUGAUCAGGCAUACCGGGAAAAUGGCUUUAAUAUUUUUGUGAGUGACAAAAUUUCUCUCAAUCGCUCUCUACCAGAUAUACGACAUCCAAAUUGCAAUAGCAAACUAUACCUUGAAAAGCUCCCCAACACCAGUGUAAUAAUUCCAUUCCACAAUGAAGGAUGGUCAUCACUUCUCAGAACAGUACACAGUGUUCUUAACCGCUCUCCUCCUGAACUGAUAGCUGAAAUUGUGCUAGUGGAUGAUUUCAGUGACAGAGAACAUCUUAGAAAACGCUUGGAGGACUAUAUGGCCCAGUUUACAAAAGUGCGGAUUCUUCGAACUAAGAAGAGAGAAGGACUGAUAAGGACCCGAAUGCUGGGGGCUUCUGCCGCAGUAGGAGAUGUCAUCACGUUCUUAGACUCCCACUGUGAGGCCAAUGUGAACUGGUUGCCACCCCUUUUAGACCGCAUUGCUCGAAAUCGCAAGACUAUUGUUUGCCCAAUGAUUGAUGUAAUCGACCAUGACCACUUUGGCUAUGAAACACAAGCUGGAGAUGCAAUGCGAGGAGCGUUUGAUUGGGAGAUGUAUUACAAGCGAAUCCCAAUUCCUCCUGAAUUACAGAAACCGGAUCCCAGUGACCCUUUUGAGUCUCCUGUAAUGGCUGGAGGACUGUUUGCAGUUGAUAGAAAGUGGUUCUGGGAGCUAGGAGGAUAUGAUGCAGGCCUGGAGAUAUGGGGAGGAGAACAGUAUGAAAUAUCAUUUAAGGUAUGGAUGUGUGGGGGUCGCAUGGAAGACAUCCCUUGUUCCCGUGUAGGCCAUAUCUACAGAAAAUAUGUCCCAUAUAAAGUUCCAACAGGAGUCAGCUUGGCAAGGAACUUGAAGCGUGUAGCUGAGGUAUGGAUGGAUGAAUAUGCAGAAUAUAUUUACCAGAGGAGACCUGAAUAUCGGCAUCUGUCUGCAGGAGAUGUGGCUACUCAGAAGGAACUUCGCAGUAAUCUCAAUUGCAAAAGCUUCAGGUGGUUUAUGAAUGAAGUUGCCUGGGACCUGAGAAAGUUUUACCCACCAGUAGAGCCUCCAGCAGCUGCUUGGGGAGAGAUCCGUAAUGUAGGAACUGGCCUAUGUGCAGAUACCAAACAUGGAGCGUUAGGUUCACCGCUAAAAGUUGAAACUUGUGUGAAGAGCAGAGGAGAAGCAGCAUGGAACAAUGUCCAAGUAUUCACAUUCAGCUGGCGAGAAGAUAUUCGUCCAGGUGACCCUCAGCAUACAAAGAAAUUCUGUUUUGAUGCCGUUUCCCACAAUAGUCCUGUGACCCUCUAUGAUUGUCAUGGAAUGAAGGGAAAUCAACUCUGGAAAUACAGGAAGGACAAGACUCUUUACCAUCCAAUAAGUGGCAGCUGCAUGGACUGUACUGAAAGUGACAGAAAAAUCUUCAUGAACACAUGCAAUCCCUCAUCUCCUACACAGCAAUGGAUAUUUGAACACACAAACUCAACUGUCUUGGAAACCUUUAACAAAAACCUCGAUCUUUAAAGACUGUCUAUGUAUAUGUGUGUGUGUGUGUAUGUAUGUAUGUGUGCGUGCGCGUGUGUAUAUAUAAUAUACUAUAGUUUUUACAGAAGAGAUGACAAAUUUUGUAAAAGAGUAAUUUUUUAAAAAAAUUAAGGUAAAAGGGAGAAUCUCAGGAGAGGGUGUGACUAUCAGGCCAGUCUUUACUUUGAUGAUGCUGCAUUGUUAUCUUUUGAGUAAACAAAUCUCAUCUCGAAA